AUGCUGGACUUAAAUCUCUUUCGGGAGGAGAAGGGUAACGAUCCAGAAAUCAUACGUGAGUCCCAGCGUAAACGUUUUAAUAAUGUAGAGGUUGUAGAUGAAAUUAUCCAACUCGACAAAGAGUGGCGUCAACGUCAAUUUGAAUUGGAACAGUUGAAAAGAGACUUUAUCAAGCUCAACAAACAAGUGGCUAAAAUGGCUAAACAUAAAAUUGUAAGAUCGACUAACAUAUAUAUAAUUACUUAUGACAGGAUAUGCAACUGCAUAAAUCGAUUCAAAGCAAGAGUUAUUAAGUAUUCGAUUGUAAAGAAAGACACCGAGGUUGAAAAGGCGUGGACAGAAUUAUCUAACAAGUUAGAGACGGUUGGGAAUAUGGUUCAUGAUUCAGUUCCUGUUAGCAAUGAUGAGGGAAAUAAUGAGAUUGUCCGGACGUGGGGAGAGAAUAUUAAAAGAACAGAGCCAAGCCUAUUAAAUCACGUCGAGCUUGUGAAAAAACUUGGUAUUGUGGAUACGAAAACAGGUGCUGAAGUUGCUGGUAAAAGAGGAUUUUUUUUGAAAGGAGAUGGUGUGCUUCUUAACCAAGCUCUUAUAAAUUUUGGUCUUGAUUUUUUGGUGAAAAGGAACUACACUGCGAUGCAGACUCCUUUUUUUAUGAAGAAGGAUAUCAUGGGAAAGUGCGCUCAAUUAGCGCAGUUUGAUGAUGAACUGUACAAGGUAACAGGUGAAGGAGAGGACAAGUAUUUGAUUGCUACUGCUGAACAACCACUUUGUGCUUAUCACAUUAAAGAUUGGAUUCAUCCAUCAGAAUUACCAAUAAGGUAUGCUGGAUAUUCAACUUGCUUUCGUAAAGAGGUUGGUUCGCAUGGCAAAGACACUCUUGGAAUUUUCCGUGUUCAUCAGUUUGAGAAAAUCGAACAGUUCUGCAUCACCAGCCCAGAAGAUUCUUGGAAAAUGCAUGAGGAGAUGAUAAAAAAUGCUGAGGAAUUCUAUAGAGAGCUGGAGUUGCCCUAUCAGAUAGUGAAUAUUGUCUCUGGUGCGCUCAACGAUGCUGCAGCUAAGAAGUAUGACUUGGAGGCUUGGUUUCCUGCAUCCGGCAAGUACAAAGAACUCGUGUCAUGUUCUAAUUGCACCGAUUACCAGGCAAGGAACUUGGAGAUCAGAUAUGGACAAAAGAAAGGCAAUGAUCAGACCAAGCAAUAUUGUCAUCUCUUGAACUCGACUCUCACGGCAACAGAGAGAACCUUACGCUGCAUCCUUGAGAACAACCAAAAGAAGGACGGUGUUGAAAUACCAAAAGUUUUGCAGCCAUAUAUGAAUAACAGGACUAAACUAUUUUUCCCAGAGUCCCCGCCAAAAAAAACUAAAGGAAGAAAUAAAUAAAUAAAUAAAAAUCGCUAUCGGUUUGUUUCCCAUGGGUUACUGUUCAUUAAUUUUAUGGCUUAUUUGUUCCUAGGGAUUUUUUUGUUUUUUAUAUUUUUAAAUACUGAUAAAGAUAGAUAGAUAGAUAGUAGUCGUCUUAAGACUUAUCGGUGCUUGUUUUGAAUAUACAUGAUGCUACUAAUUCCGAAAUAUGUUUUCAGUUUCA